UCGACGAUGAAGCUUGAAUAAGUAUUGAGCUCGAGCACAGUGGAGAAGAGAUGCUGAGAUGAAUUCAGGUGGAAGAAAAGGGGAUCUUAUGCAUGAUGAAAUUGAAGCAAUGUUUUUUAAAGAGAGAGCCAUACUUGAAGCCAAGUACCAGAAGAUGAAGAUUGUUCAGGAAAUGACUGAGAUUAUUCUUGGUUUACAAGGAGAUGUUCCCGCGGAUUCUCGAAAAGGAGUUCCUUAUGUUGGUGGAAACAACAAGGUUGCUGCUUGUGCAAAGCAUUUCGUUGGUGAUGGUGGCACAACAAAGGGAUUCGUCAUUUCCGAUUGGCAAGGUAUUGACAGGAUUACUUCACCAGCAGGCACCAACUAUACUUACUCCGUCCAUUCUGGGAUUAAUGCCGGCAUUGACAUGAUCAUGAUUCCAAUGAACCACACUGAUUUUAUCCAUGAUCUAACAUACCUGGUUGGGAAGAACGUAAUCCCCAUGAGCAGGAUUGACGAUGCUGUGAAGAGAAUUCUGAAGGUAAAAUUCAUGAUGGGCGAGCAACCAUAUGCAGAGACAACGGGGGACAACCUUAACUUAACAAUUCCUGAACCUGGUUUGAGCACCAUGAAGAACGUUUGUGGCUCUAUCAAGUGUGUUAUUGUUGUUAUCUAUGGACGACCCCUUGUGAUUGAACCUUAUCUAUCAGAUGUUGAUGCUCUCGUAGCUGCAUGGCUCCCUGGAAGUGAAGGUCAAGGUAAUGAUGUAAAGAAGGGAACUGGGGUCCAUAUAGCGACUCCUUAUCCUGCUAAGAAGGCUGGUAAGAGUGACAAAUAA